GUCAAAAAGAGAAUUUUGGAUCAAUUAAAGUGAAAAAAGUGAUCUUGCUCAACCCAAAAGAAAAAAAGCAAACCUCAACAUGCCAAAAUAAUUCAAAAUCAAUCAUCACUAUUUCCCUUAUUUUCCCACCUUAAUCUCAGGGGACCCCAGUUGAAAUCCCAUACAAAUGGGACCCAUUGCUGACAAGGAAGAAGACUCCUUUACUCCUUAGCUUUUACAACCAUGUCCACCAUCCACAUGAGGCUUCUCUGCAGCUUCAUCACUUCACUAUACUUACCCAUUUUAACUUAUCCUCUAAUUUUUCUCUUCUCAAAUUCUAUAUUGAAGAGAAAAAGAAGAAUGCCCUUGAUACCUAAAUUAUGGGUCAUAAUUAAUUUAUCAAUACAAUUGUUAGGGUUGUUGAGAUCUUGUUAUGGAGGAGACCCAUAUGUGUUUUUUGAUUGGAGAGUUUCUUAUAUUACUGCCAACCCUCUUGGUACCAAACAACAGGUUAUUGCUGUCAACGGGCAAUUCCCAGGGCCAAUUCUCAAUGUUACAACUAACUGGAAUGUCGUUAUAAAUGUUAGAAAUGAUUUGGACGAGCCAUUACUACUAACUUGGGCCGGUGUACAACAGAGGAAGAACUCUUGGCAGGAUGGCGUCUCAGGAACAAAUUGUCCUAUCCCUGCUGGUUGGAAUUGGACUUACAAUUUUCAAGUUAAAGAUCAGAUUGGAAGUUUCUUUUAUUUUCCAUCCCUAAACUUCCAAAGAGCUGCCGGUGGAUAUGGCGGCAUAACUAUAAAUAACAGGGAUAUCAUCCCUAUACCAUUCGGGACCCCUGACGGAGACAUCACUCUUUUGAUUAGUGAUUGGUACACAAAAAGUCAUAAGGAACUCCGGAAGGACCUUGAAAAAGGACAUGACCUUGGAGCUCCUGAUGGUGUGCUUUUCAAUGGACUAGGUCCUUUUCGCUAUGAUGCGAAUCUUGUUCCCGAAAACAUAAAUUUCCUGUCAGUAAAUGUCGAACCAGGGAAGACUUAUCGUGUGCGAGUGUCAAAUGUUGGUAUCUCAACCAGCUUAAAUUUCAGGAUCCAGAAUCACAAUCUAGUUCUUGUUGAGACUGAAGGAUCUUACACGAUUCAGCAGAAAUACACGGACAUGGAUAUUCAUGUCGGCCAGUCUUACUCAUUCUUAGUCACUAUGGAUCAAGAUGCGAGCACUGACUACUACAUUGUUGCCAGUCCUCGGUUUGUGAAUUCUUCUUCUGGGGGUAAAGCUGUUGGUGUUGCUGUCUUGCACUAUUCCAAUUCUCAGGGACCCGUCUCAGGUCCUCUUCCAGAUCUUCCUAAUGAUAUAGACCCAUCUUACUCAAUGAAUCAAGCAAAAUCCAUAAGAUGGAACUUGACUGCAAGUGCUGCUCGUCCAAACCCUCAAGGGUCUUUCAGAUAUGGCCAGAUAACAGUCACGGAUGUUUAUGUGCUUGUAAGUAAACCUGCCGAGCUUAUAAAUGGGGAGUGGCAUACAACUCUUAACGGGCUAUCCUACUUUGCACCUUCAACACCUUUGAAGCUUGCUCAGCAGUAUAAUGUAUCAGGAGUUUACAAGCUUGAUUUUCCAAGCAGACCAAUGAACAGACCUUCGAGACUUGACACUUCUUUAAUAAAUGCGACUUACAAAGGAUUCGUAGAGAUCAUACUUCAAAAUAGCGGCACAACUCUUCAGACUUAUCAUUUGGACGGAUACGCCUUCUUUGUUGUUGGCAUGGAUAACGGGAUGUGGACAGAGAGCAGCAGGUCCAUCUACAACAAAGAUGAUGCGGUGGCUCGUUGCACCACACAGGUAUUUCCCGGAGCAUGGACUGCAAUUAUGGUUUCACUUGACAAUUCGGGCAUUUGGAAUUUGCGAGCUGAGAACUUGAACUCUUGGUAUUUAGGACAGGAGGUUUAUCUUAGUGUUCUAAAUCCUGAAAAGGACGAUACAGAGGAUCCUUUGCCCGAUAACACCAUAUUUUGCGGUUUAUUAUCAUCUUUACAAAGGGAUCAAUCGCAGAGGAUAGAUUUUUCAGGCACACAGCGGCUUGGCUGUCGAAGCUGUACAACACUGGUUGCUUUAGCUUUGACAGUUAUUAGUCUCUUAUUUCGGUAGCAUAUUUUUCGUUGAACUUGAUCGACAUUUUUGCUGUUGUAUUGAAGAUACACGCCAAAGGCGCUUUCUCAGACACCACGACACGUCAAAAUCUUGCCAGUAAUUGUAUGAUGUUAUUAGUUUUAACACAAGACAAGUUUUGGAGCAAAUAGAGUAAUAGAUUGUACCAUUGUAAUUUGUAACAAUAAAGUCACCAUUCUUUCCUCAUCCUUUAAAGUCACCAUCUUUUCUUUGAAUAACUGUAAUUGUGUUUUGAUUUAUUUGAAUGAAUAGAUAGAUGGAUUCAUACA